UGUAUCGUAUUGAGGUGGUUGAUCAUUAUGUUACUUGUCUGUUAUGUUACAGUCUCCCCUAUGACCGUCUGAUGGCAGCAGAGAUCUUUGUAUUGUGGUUGACACUUCCACUGGGCGUGGCCUGUCCACCGCUAUCAGCGCCAUGAGGGUCCUGGAAGAAAAACUACACAAGUAAAGAAAACUGGAUCUUUUUCUAGACGUUUCGAUUUUUCUUCGUUCAUGCGCUCACUUUCCCAACUAUGCCUGCGGUUAAAGGCUUCUCGAUUGUUUACAACGCGCUAAAUGAGGACGGGACGUUCUCUGAGGGGGACACCCUCUCAGGAAAAGUAACGUUGGCCUUGCAAAAGCCAUCGGCGGUGCAAAGCCUUUUUGUCAAAGUGAAAGGAGACGCUCAAGUACGCUGGACGACGAGGAGUGGCAACCACAACCACACACAUUCGUCACACCGGAGAUACUUCAAGCUGAAGCACUUUUUGAUCGCUGAGAGCACCAAUGAGACUGUGCUUCCUCAAGGUAACCAUGUGUAUGACUUCAGCUUUACCUUACCAUCAACGAGCAUGCCUUCCAGUUUCAAGGGUAGCCAUGGAUAUAUUGUCUACAGGCUUGAAGCAAAGUUGUCCAGAAGUUGGAGAGUGGAUCAGACUGUGGAUAAAGAGAUCUUUUUUCGCUCCAAGUCACUCCCAUACUUGCAGACUCUGAUGUCACCACAAAUUGGAGUAGCAGACAAAGAAGUGGGAAUUUUUUCAAGUGGAAAUGUGCACAUGGAAGUCACUGUGGACAGGACGGCCUAUGCCCCAGGACAAACAGCAAUGAUUGUUGCAAAAAUCAACAAUUCCUCCUCCAGUGACAUGAUACCCAAAGUCCGUUUGACCCAGGCAAUUGUAUACACUGCCAGCAGUAGUACCAAACAUGAAAGCAGAUAUAUCCACAAAAUAGCUGGCCAAAGUGUUCAUCCUCACUCAAACAAAGAGAUCAGUUGGGCUGUGAAGAUUCCCGCCAAUCAAGAGCUGAGUAUCAAAAACUGUGACAUCAUCUCAGUGGAAUACAGCUUAAAGGUGUAUCUGGAUAUCAGUUUUGCCUUUGACCCAGCGGUCAACUUUCCAGUCAUCAUCAUAUCUCCUACCCUAAUGUCUUGUUCUCAGCCUAGUGUUUCCGGGCCAAGUAGAUCACCAAACAGUGACUUUCUCCCUUUUGCACCCAGUGUGCCUCAUUAUCCUGCCUCACCGCACAGAUACCCAGCAGCCCAAGCAUAUUCAGCACCCCCGCCGUCUUACCCGGGUAAUCCAUCACUCAUGUAUCCUAACCAGCCUGUGCCCACGGCAUGGCGUUACAGCAAUCCAGGAUCUCACGCAUCUUCAUAUGGGUCUCCAUGUUUACCAUCAUCUUCAUCAAAUAUUCUACAUCCUCCACCAAAUGUGCAGUCAUUUCAUCCACCUUCUCAACCAUUUCAUCCACGUCCAUCUGGCCAAAUGACCGAUUCAGACCCAGCCAUACCACAAGUAGUAGACACGGCCCCAUCUGCUCCUGCAUACGAACUGCCUCCUUAUUUGAUGAACACCAAUUUCCUGUCUCAAUCUGAUGAACCUCCUCCCGCUUAUUCAGUUAUUUUCCCAUCUUCUGUAAAUGAAGAGUCAAAUGAAGCCUAAUAGCAGCAGUCGUACACACACACACACACACACACACAAAGAAUUGGAUUUCUCCCUGCCUUACAGUAAUACAAUUAAACUUAAAGGGGAACUGCACUUUUGGGGGAAUUUUGCCCAUCAUUCACAAUCCUUCUGUGAAGCAUGAAAACAUUUCUUUCCCCUUUCUCCGCAAUAUAACAUGUUAAUAUGAGCUAGAAUGAAGCCUAUGACGCCCUCUAAACAAACAGUCUAAAAACAUUUAAUCAUUUGGUAUACUUGCUGUAAUCAUGCCUUAACACGUACACUGAUGAUAAUAUCUAAUAGUUGCAGUAUCUUGACGUAUUUUGAUGAUUACACUGAUGAUGAUAUCAGCAUUGAUACACAUAUUUAUGCCAGUUCCGUCAACAACAGCAGUAGCAUAGAGACAGCGACCACACUUACAAUGUCUGCUCUCAUUGGGAUUGCUGUGUCUUCCAGCACAUUCUUCCGUCUGUGAAUGACGGUGAGACGAGCGGUUAGUGAGGUUAGCGUCAUGUUAGUCCACUAGAUGAAUACAGUUAUUCAUGUUAGCUGCUACAAUUACAAUAUCGCUGUAGCUUGGUUCAUAAUAUAGUUAUGUAAAUGGAACACUGUUGGCUUUUCUUUUAAUUUUUUUUUGUGAGGGCUUUAGUGUCAAAAUACAUAUUUCCCAUGAUGUCCGUUGUUAACUAGCUCAUAUUAAUUUCUCACAUGAGAAUGCAUAGAAAAGGGAAAUAAAUAUGUGUUCAUGUUUCAUAUAAGGAUUAGGAAUGAUGGGAGAGAAACAAAAGUGUAGUUCCUCUUAAAGUAUUCAUACUGUGGCCUGAUUUUGUGAUUUGAGUUAAAUGGGUAUAAUGUUACACCAGUAAUGAUACAAAAAAGUUAAGUUGUAGCGAUAUUAAUAAACUAGUCACAAUUUUACUAAACAAUUAUUCGUAUUUGUGCAUUUAUCUAAUAACUUUGAGGGAAUGUAAUGUGCAUUAUUUUAAAGGAUCCCCAUACCUUCUAGCAUUAUCUGCAGUUAUCAAAAUAUAUUGGCUUCAGGAGAAGCACAGUAACUUGAGUAAAUCCAAAAACAAGCAUAUUUUGUGGAAUUUUCAGCCCACCCUAGACCCUAGAAUUCACUAAAAUGCUAUUCAUUUUGCCUUUGAUAUAACUGGAUUUACCUUAGCUGAUUUGAAAAAGCUGAUUUUUUUCUUUAUUUAUUGUUUUUUUCAAGCUGCUAUACCGCCCCUGCAGUCUUCCUUCGUCUCUCUAAGGUUAAUCCUUGAUAGAAAAUAUUGUAAUCACCUAUACAUUUUGAAAAUGGGACAGUUUGCAAAUUGAAAACUUUGUAUUCACCAACAACCAAAACAAAAAACUUGCCCGGGAGUAUGAAUCACCAACUGUAGUUGAAUUAUAAAUGUUACAUUAACAUACAGAAUGUACAUAUGUAUGUGUAUGCUAUAAGAUUAGCAUAACUUUCAAUAUUAAAACUCAGGAAGAACUGUGGUAUUACACCUAUGGUCAAUUGUGGAUGUUUACAACUCUAUCAAUGUCAUUAGUAUUAUUACUCCCUAUGGGGGAAUAGCAGCUGUUGGAUAGCGUAAUGAAUGUUCAUGCUGUUUUGAGGUAACGCUUUUUAAAGGAAGAAAUACAAACAUAUUUUGAGUUCAAUAAAUGUGCCUUUUAAAUUGCAUGAAUGUCGAUAACGUGUUAGGCGUACAUAUAGCCUCUUCCUUUUAAUCUCAUUACUGUGCAAUGAUGUGAUUUGGAUUGUAAAAAAUAAUGUAUGUCAACUGCACAAU